GAUGCUGUGACAUCAAAGCCGGUAAUCCAGUUUCAAGGAAGCCAAGGGCACAUCGCGAUUCCAAGGCCUGAUCGACCUACAGAAGUGCGGACUUUCACGUUUUACCUUUCAAAUAUCGGCAAGGACAGCCCUCAAGGGAGUUUUGACUGCAUCCAGCAGUAUGUCUCGAGCAAUGGCAACAUCCAUUUGGAUUGCCUUGGAAGCAUACAGGAUAAAAUCACGGUGUGUGCUACUGACGAUUCCUACCAGAAGGCGAGGCAAAGCAUGGCACAGGCCGAGGAGGAGACUCGCAGCCGGAGCGCCAUAGUCAUUAAACCUGGGGGGAGAUACGUAGGCAAAAAGGUUCAGGUGCGUAAACCUGCACCAGGAGCUUCCGAUGCUGUUCCCUCCAGGAAGCGCCCAACGCCAGUCAACCUUGCCAGUGCAAUAAAGAGAGGCAAUAGUGCGAUUUCUCAGAGACCCUUCAAAGAUAGGGUUGUGCACUUACUGGCACUAAAGCCUUAUAAGAAACCUGAACUUAUUCUCAGAUUGCAGAAGGAUGGACUUUCUCAGCAGGACAAGGAUUUGCUGGACAACCUUCUGCAGCAGGUGGCAAAUUUGAGUGCCAAGGACAGCACUUUCACACUGAAAGACUGUGUAUACAAAGAAGUGCAGAAGGACUGGCCUGGCUACUCUGAAGGAGAUCAGCAGUUGCUGAAGAGGAUACUUGUUCGGAAACUCUGUCAGCCACAGAACAGUAGCGGUUUUCAAGGAGAAGCGCCUUCCCUGAGUCCCCCGAAAGACAACGUGAACUCCAGCUCUCCUCCUCAGAAACGAUCCCAACCUCUGGAGUUUAUCGAUCCCCUGGCCAACAAAAAGCCCAGGAUCUCGCAUUUGGCUCACAGAACUCAACCCACCUUCAACGGGAAACUGAAUUCUUCCAACGGGAAGGACGCUCCUGCCCCUGCCCCUCCUGCCUUGCCGCCGCCGGCUCUCCCGGAGUCGGGGAGCUCCAGCUCCAACCUCCCAGUGCUGGAGCUGCCGAGGCCUCACGAUCCCCUUUCGGAUGUCAGCAACGACCUGACUCACAACGGCAGAGACUGUGAGAACCCGGAGCCGGCUGACAGACUGACUCAUCCCUUGUCGACAGACUGUCCCCAAACGAGCAAGCACAAUUGCAGCUCGUACGUAAAAAGCAAGAAAAAAUCCAAAAAGCACAAAGACAAGGAGAAGGAGAGGAAGGAGAAGAAAAACGACGAGAAGUGCAAAGAGGAGAAGCAGGACUGUGAAGUAAUAAAAAACGCUGACUUAGUUAGUGUUCCCCAGGAACAGGUCACAGGUUUAAAUGGAACAUGCAAUAAUUCUAGUGUACAAACAUCAACUUCAGAAAUGCCAGAUUAUUUAUUAAAAUACGCAGCCAUUUCCUCUUCGGAGCAGCGUCAGAGUUACAAAAACGACUUCAACGCAGAAUACAACGAGUACAGAGACUUGCACGCCCGGAUAGAGAGGAUAACUCGACGGUUUACGCAGUUAGACGCCAAACUGAAGCAGCUUUUGCAGGGCUCCGAAGAAUAUAAGACCAUCCACGAUCAAAUUUUACAGGAGUAUCGGAAAAUUAAAAAGACUAACCCCAAUUACAGCCAAGAGAAGAACCGCUGCGAAUACCUCCACAACAAACUGGCUCACAUCAAAAAACUGAUAGCAGAGUAUGACCAACAGCAGUUUUAG